UUAGACAACACUUCACCGUAGGAGCCUGGUCGGUGUCCCUCUCGUUGUUGCCUUAUCCGAUAUCGUGUGGUCGUCGGCGGCUCCAUCUGUCAUCCUUUAUGUAUUCCAGAUCCAACGACAAGCCUCGGCUCCGUGGACUCCUCCGAUGGCUGACAUUCCGGGAACGUUGCUCGGCGACGCAGAGAGAAGGAUCGCUAAGAUCACCGUUCACCUAUCGCCCCUCACGUCCCCUUCACCCCCGGCUUCGAUUGUCCGGCGAGCGACCGCUUCGACUGGAGAUAGUUACCAUCGGGUCCAUGGAGAGGUGUCGAUGCGAGUAGCGACGUGGAGUCCGGCCCGCGACGAGUCCGGGAAGGAGUACACUGACAUUGUGUACGAGAAAGCCGUAGGCGAAGGAAUUGCAAAGAUCACAAUCAAUCGUCCAGAAAGAAGGAAUGCUUUUAGGCCAAAUACUAUUAAAGAGCUUAUUCGGGCAUUUAAUGAUGCUAGGGAUGACAAUACUAUUGGUGUGAUCAUUCUUACUGGAAAGGGAACAAAAGCUUUCUAUAGUGGUGGUGAUCAGGCAUUAAGAGGUCCCGAUGGGUAUGCUGAUUUUGGAAAUUUUGGCCGUCUUAAUGUGUUGGAUCUCCAGGUACAGAUACGCAGGCUUCCUAAACCAGUAAUAGCAAUGGUAGCAGGUUAUGCUGUUGGUGGCGGUCACGUAUUACAUAUGGUUUGUGACUUAACUAUUGCAGCUGAUAAUGCAAUUUUCGGCCAGACUGGGCCCAAGGUGGGAAGCUUUGAUGCUGGUUAUGGAUCUUCAAUCAUGUCCCGCUUGAUCCGUCCUAAGAAGGCGCGCGAGAUGUGGUUUUUGUGCAGAUUCUACAGUGCUUAUGAAGCAGAGAAAAUGGGACUUGUUAACGUAGUAGUCCCAUUGGAGAAAUUAGAACUUGAGACACUGAAAUGGUGCCGUGAGAUUUUAAGAAACAGUCCAACAGCAAUCCGGAUCUUGAAAUCUGCUCUUAAUGCUGUAGACGAUGGCCAUGUUGGCCUGCAGGAGCUAGGCGGAAAUGCAACGCUCGUCUUCUAUGGUACUGAAGAGGCUAAUGAGGGCAAGAAAGCAUAUAUGGAAUACCGGCGACCAGAUUUCUCUAAAUUUCCGCGAAGACCCUGAUCUCAUUUCUUCAUAUCUCCAUAUCAAUUGACACCUUUCUAGAUAUAAUUUCAAAACAUUAAAAAAAAAAGUGAGAAUGAUGAUUUUGUUCAACAUAGUCGAGGAUUCAACUUUGGCCUGCCGUCCAAAUAUUCUUCUCCUUGGACUCUGUAUAAUCAUGUAAGAUGUGCAGGGAUGAUGCAAAUAUACUCUUAAAUUAAUAUCCAAUGCUGAUAAGUAUCGAAUAGUUUAUCAUUA